AUGUCGACUACAACCACCGCGACAACUACAACAGAUAGUGUUCCCAAAAACUAUCUUGAAGCUCUUCAGCGCGAUGGCUUCGUAGUUGUGCGAUCACUUCUCUCCCCGUCAGAAGUGGCAACUCUGCGUGAUGCUGCAACUGAAAUCACUUUAAUGACACGAAACGCCAAAUGGCCAUACCUGCGCUCGGUACCAAAACAAUUUCCACCUUGGCCAAACACUCCACCACCGUCAUCCGAGGGUGGAAUCUGGGGAGUUCAGCAUCUGAUGCAUCCGGAGAUGCCCUACCGGGAUAAAUUCAUCAAGACCUACUUUUCGCCUAAGAUUUUGGGAGUCGCGGAGGAAUUACUCGGAAUCUCUGGUUCCGAUUGCUCUAAAGAGGAAAAACUGGUGAUGGAAUUAUUCAAUCUUCUGGUCGCACCGGAAAAUAAAGCCUUUGAAUUGCGUUGGCACCGGGAUGAUAUCCAGGAAACAGUCACGCCAGAACGUGAACUUGAACUUCUCCAGCAAAAAAGUCCAGAGGGCAAACAGUCGCACGCGCAGUAUAACUUGGCACUAUGUCCCGACGCCUCACUUAUUGUUGUGCCCGGUUCUCAUCGUCGGGUGCGCACUGAGAUCGAACGCGCUGCCGAUCCUUACGAGGCUGUCCUACCAAACCAGCUGGUUGUCAAACUAGAACCUGGUGAUGCAGUGUUUUACGAUAGCAACAUCUUGCACCGCGGCAUUUAUCAACCCAAAGUUGAGGGAGGAGAGGAAACGCGCCUCACGCUGCAUGGUAGUCUAGGCCUGAAAGACAAUAGCAAGGCUGAUAACAAAGUGAGAGCAACAGCAGUCCUACAACAUGGAAUCGGAUUCUGGAUUGAUCGGGAAGAUGCUUCUCUGGGCGCCGGCGAGAGAGCCGAGAAAAUGCGGACAAACCUGAUAAGCCUGGGAAGGGGUGAGAAUGUUGGAUAUUCGCUUGAAGGAUAA